GAGAGAGAGAGAGAGCGCGGAUGGCGAGUGCCAGCUCCGGGAUCACGCUCCGGCCGUUUAGCAAUGCCACCCAGCUACAGCUUGCCAAAAGCACUGUGCCUCCAACCUGGAGUGGCUUGCACCUUUACCAGACAACCAUCCUGGGAACAAUCUUAGCGAUAACUGGGACAGAUAUUCAAAAAUCUACUUGUUUGCAUCAGUCGAGCAGCUCUCCCAGAAAACCCAAAAAAUAUACACACGUCCGAUUAUUAUGUCAAGAAAGUCUAACACCUUAUUACAAGAGCAAGCUAUGGUGGUGUGGAAUCUUCCUGAUGGGAUUGGGUGAACUGGGGAACUUUGCUGCCUAUGGUUUUGCACCGGCUACUCUGGUUGCUCCUUUGGGAUGCGUGUCCGUUAUCGCAAGUGCAGCAAUGUCGGUGGUGUUCCUGAAGGAAAAGCUGCGGUCUUCAGAUAUCUUGGGGGGGUCACUGGCUGUUCUGGGAACCUACCUUCUUGUGACCUUUGCCAUUAAUGGACAGCAAGACAUCACAGCCAUUAAGAUCCAUAACUAUAUCGUCAGUUGGGAGUUCUUGGUUUACUUGACAUUGGAGUUUGUAUUGUUCUGUGUUUUGCUGUAUCUCAAUAAGAGAAGAGGCCUGAACCACAUUGUAAUCUUACUGCUGAUGUCCUCAAUACUUGCCUCGCUGACAGUGAUCUCUGUGAAGGCAGUGGCAGGAAUGGUGACCACGUCAAUCGAAGGCCAGCUUCAGCUCCAGUACCCCAUCUUCUACGUGAUGGUUGUCAUUAUGAUCACGUCCUGCAUUUUCCAAGUACAGUUCUUGAACCAAGCCAUGCGCCUAUAUAAUGCAACAGAAGUGGUACCAAUCAAUUUCGUUUUCUUUACAACCAGUGCUAUUAUUGCAGGAGUGAUAUUUUAUCAGGAGUUCUAUGGUGCUGCUUUACUCAAUAUCUUCAUGUUCCUGUUUGGGUGUAUGCUGUCAUUCCUCGGUGUUUUCCUGAUCGCCAAGAACAGGGAGAAGCGGACAGCUGACAUCCGAUAUAUUGAUUUGGGCACCAUUCCAAAGCAGAAAAAGUCAGGAAAAAUCCAGCCGGAACUCAACAAUAUCAGUUCUUACGGAACUGUAUGGGAUGGAGAACAGAACAAUGAUUCUGUGGGUGAAAAUGCAAAGUAACCAGCAAAUGGCAGAUUGAAAUGGAUUUAAUACUUGAACUAAGUAUUAACUCAACCUUAACACCUCAUCACGUUAGAUGUUCUUGGUUUGGAUUCUGGAUUCAUCCUACGUUGUACUGUUGAGGGGCUGUGGUCUAAUCACACUUCAAUGUUUACAGUGGAAAAUGUCACUUCAUCAGUCAUGUGACUUCUAAAAAAGAAAUUUAUAAAGGGGCAUUCUUUUGAUUUUGGACUUUGAAAUCCAUUUGACAAACAAACAUAUUUAUUCCAAGAUUUAAGCAGAAAAGCAGGAUGAUAAUUCUUUCUAUAAUUUAUUUACAGUUUGCAUUGUUGGAGGAUGCUAACAUUGAAGGGUAGAGGGAAAGUUACUAAGUGAGGCAACAGUUCCAGGUUAAUAGAAGGUUGCCUGAAAAAACAAAGAAUUUGUAUAUAUCUAGCAUCUUCAAGAGCUCAGGGUUUCCCUGCAUGCCUUACUGCAGAAGAUACCACUUCUGAACGUGGUAAUGUUGUCGUAUAGAAAUUGCGGAAUAUCUCACAGGGCAUGAACAUUGAUUUCUCUAACUACUGGCAGUUUCUCCCCACAUCUUCCCUCCUCUCCUUUUCCAUUCCCUAUUCUGGUUCCCCUCAUACCCUAUUUCUUAUCCUCAUCUGCCCAUCGUCCUUCUCUGGUUUCUCUCUUCCAUGGUCACUCUCCUCACAGCUUCUUACUUCAACCCUCCUCUUCCCCCUCCCCAUCCUUCAUCCACUUGUACCCUCCCACCUUCUUAUCCUGUCAUCUACCCUCAUUCUUUUCCAGUCCUGAUGAAAGGUCUCGGCCCAAAAUGUCAAUUGUUCAUGGCCCUGCAUGGAUGCUACCUGAUCUGCUGAGUUCCUCCAGCAUUUUGCAUGUGUAGACCUCCUGCUGAUAAUGUUUUAUUGACGUUGGUUGUAGGGGAUUUAUAUUGGCCAGGGGAGUUGAGAUAUCUGACUGUCAGCAAAGUGAUACGAUAGGGUAUUUUACAUUCACUGGUGGAAAAGGACUGGACUUUCAACUAUCAUCUGACCCAUGGCACUUCCAACAGUGCAGUACUCCUUCAGUAAGGCACUGGAGUGUCAGUGUGGACUGAAUACCUGUGUCUCUGGUGUUGAACCCUAUAAACCUUAAGUACUGUAAUUACAAAGUUUAGCCGUUUAUAUUAAUCAGCACAGUAGCAUAUUUAAUUUUAGUUACUUUCCAGUAUUUACUUAAUAUUUGAUAUUUUCAAGUUAAGUUCUUUUAUCAUUAUGACUAAAAUAGUUUCUUGUUUAAAAUGUUCAAUUAACUUGUCAACAAAUGGAAUAAAAUGUUGUUUCCUGUAACGUUUCACAUGAAUGUUCUCUUGUUUGCUCCUGCUUCUCUCCAUAAUGCUGUCAGAGUCAGAGAGACAUACAGCAUGGAAACAGGCCCCUCCCUCAUCUGAAACUGGUCCAUGCUGACCAAGAUGCUCAUUUCAGCUCGUCCCAUUUGCCCACAUUUA